GACUAGAAUAAAAACAAACUAAUAAAUCUUUGUAAGAGAUAUUUUAAUCAAAAGAAAAGAGAUGGCUCCUUUAUUCUUCCCAUAAUUAUUAUUAAUUUAUAAUUACAAUUAAUAUGAAUAUUAAUAUUAAUAUAGAGAUUUAGUCUUGUACUGACUCGUAGUAGAAAAAAUGGAGUUAAGAUAGGCCUAACUCAAACCCAAAACCCGCACCUGUUUAAUUUACCCGUCUUACUCGCUCUGCCUCUCUCUCCUUCUCUCUCUCUCUCUCUCUUUACAAUUAUAUAUCUUCUUUUCUCUCUCUCUGCAACUCCAUCUGUUCCACGUUUUCUUUUUUUCUUUCUUUUGAAUAUAUUAUACAUAAUUGUGAUGAUUGAUAUGUGCCCAGUAACGUAAUCCUCGACCAUUGGUGAAAAUGCUUCAAAGAACACGUUUUUGGGUUGUGUUGGGCAUAUAUUGAUUAUAAUAGUAAUAGUAAUUGUUGUUCGGUGUUGGGGUCUUGGCAGUUUCAGAUAAUCAAAUGAAGUCUCCUGAUUUUGUAUCUUUACUUGCUGAUUCACACAGUAGGAGGUCUUGCUUUUGUAGCCUUGUUCCUGCAACUUCUUUGCUAUGUCUAGUUUUUUUAUUAGGGAAUGCUUUUAUAGCACCAAUCUACAAAGAGAAAUUAUCAAUAUGGGGAAUGACUGAUACUCUACAUAAUCUUAACUUCAACAAAUGCAAGAACCAAUGUAGACCUAAUGGGAGUGAGGCAUUACCCGAAGGUAUUGUAUCCAAGACUUCAAACUUGGAAAUGCGGCCUUUGUGGGGUUUUCCAAAGAAAAAUGAAAGUGCUAAGGUUAACUUAUUUGCUGUGGCUGUUGGCAUAAAACAAAAGGAUUUAAUCAAUAAAAUGGUUAAAAAGUUUCUAUCCAAUAAUUUUGCUGUAAUGCUCUUCCAUUAUGAUGGUAAACUUGAUGAAUGGAAGAGUUAUGAAUGGUGUGACCAUGUGUUACAUGUAUCUGCAAUCAAUCAAACAAAAUGGUGGUUCGCCAAACGUUUCUUACAUCCUGAUAUAGUGGCUGAAUAUGGCUACAUUUUCCUUUGGGAUGAGGACCUUGGAGUAGAAAGUUUCAGUCCUCAAAGGUAUAUAUCUAUUGUUCAAAGUGAAGGGCUUGAGAUAUCACAGCCUGCACUUGAUCCAGCCAAAUCAGUAGAGCUGCAUCAUCAAAUUACUGCACGGGGGAGGAAGAUAGUCCACAGAAGAAUUUACAAGCAUGGUGAAAGUGGGAAAGGUUGUGAUGGCAGCAGUACAGCUCCUCCAUGCACUGGAUGGAUUGAAAUGAUGGCCCCUGUUUUUUCAAGAGCUGCUUGGCGUUGUGUAUGGUAUAUGAUCCAAAAUGACUUGAUUCAUGCUUGGGGUCUAGAUAUGCAGCUUGGUUACUGUGCACAGGGUGAUCGAACCAAUAAUGUUGGUGUUGUUGAUGCUGAAUACAUAAUUCAUUAUGGUCGCCCUACACUGGGAGGUGGAGGUGGUGAUGGAAAUAAGACAAGUUUUUCAGCGAAAGGCCACACUGUUAAAACAAAAAAUAUUUCAAGCACAGAGAAGGCACCAUCCCAUUCUCAUUCCCAUUUUAAGGGCCCCAGAGUGGAUGUGAGAAGGCAAUCAUACAUAGAAUUGGAUAUUUUCAAGAAAAGAUGGGAAAAGGCUGUUCAAGAGGAUAAAUGUUGGGUUGAUCCUUACAAAUGAACACAGAGGAGAAAUCCCAUACAUUCUAAAUUUUUCUGCCACUUUACAGCAAAAUAUUGCAUAAAGGGAGGUAUGAGCAAUGAGCACAAGGUAUUGAUGAUGGUUAAUGCUUAUAGGAGUAACACAAUUUUAUGUUGUCAUUCUUUUCUUUUAAAAAAAAAAUAAUAAAAAAAGAAAAGAAAAAAGUUAAAAUUAAAAAUAAUCUUGUAAAUGUGUUAUUUUUAUUUUCUUACGUAAAUAGUAUAUAGAUAGAUGUUUGUGCGCAAGAAAAGUAGGAAAUUAUUUUGUGCCUUCAGAGCAAUAAUAAAUUUUUACUUGUUGAGUUUCUAAA